AGGGAGGGGAGGUGGAAUGCUUGCCACCUACUCCUUUUCUUCAGAUCCUCUCUGCCUCUCUCUCUCUCUCUCUCUCUCUCUCUCUAUAGAAGCAGCACUUGCGAGUUGCGACCUCCUCACACAGCUCUCUUCCAUUCGAAGAUCGCCAAUUCGUUUUCAUUCGCUCUGUUUUCCUCUGGUCUGCUGCUGUUGUUGCUGUGAUGGAGAGACACAAGUGCAAGCUCUGCUCCAAGAGCUUCUACAAUGGAAGAGCGCUGGGCGGUCACAUGAGGUCCCACCUGGUGAACCUCCCCCUCCCCCUCAAGCCUGGGGAGGAGGAAGAGCGAGAACCGCCGGUUCAGCUCAGGGGAGCCGAGACGCCGCGCGGCCGGUCGGGUUCUUCGCCUCCCUCCUCGUCUUCUUCUCCGGAGGAGGAGGAAGAAGAAGGGGAGGGAGACGAGGAGGCCGGGAAGCUUCAAGCUCAAGGGUACGGCCUGCGGGAGAACCCGAAGAAGAGCAUUCGGCUGGCCGAUCCGGAAUUUGCGAUCGACGCCGGGUCCGUGGUCCUGCAAGAUAGGGAGAGCGAGACAGAGUCGUCCAAGAAUCUGGCCGGGAGGCGAUUUAAGAGCUCAGCGACGGAGGCGACGACCCAGAGGCGUUUCUCGUUGGAGGAGGAUCACCGCUGCCGGAAGAAGAUGAGGCGCAUGCCGAGUAAGGCCGAGUCGGCGAGCUCGAUCUCCGACGAGACGACGGAGGAGGACCUCGCCCUCUGCCUCAUGAUGCUCUCCCGGGGCAAGUGGAGGAGAGAGAAAAGCCAUCGAGGACGAGAGAAUGUGGACGAUUGGGUAGAAGAGGAGGACGAAGACGACGACGACCAAGAAGAUGGGAAAGAGGAAGAGGACGAAGAGGAGAGCGAGGAAUCCGAAGGGCUGGCGGUCAAGGCUCUGAGGAACCAAAACAGGGGAAACUUCAGGUGCGAGACGUGCGGCCGGACGUUCCGGUCGUACCAAGCGCUCGGCGGCCACAGGGCGAGUCACAAGAAGAGCAAACUCGGCGACCCGGCGGCCGCCGAGAACGUGGGCGAGAACGCCAACCCGGGCUCCUCUAAAGUCCACGAAUGCCCCUUCUGUUUCCGGGUUUUCGCCUCGGGCCAAGCUCUGGGCGGGCACAAGAGGUCGCACGCCAUCAAUUCGACGGCGGCGGCGGCGGCGGCGGCGGCGGCGAGGGCCGUCAAGAAGACGAGCCACCACCACCACGACGUCAAGUCCAGAGCGACGGCGUGGAUCGAUCUCAAUCUCCCGGCCCCGGUCGACGAGGACGAGGACGACCAGCUGAGCCAGGUCGAGCACUCGGCCUUGUCCGAAGCCGAUUCGUGAACCGAGUCAAGAGAUGAUCGAGUUAGUUAGAUUACACGAUUUUUCAGAGGUAAAAAUGACAAAAAAAAAGAAGAAGAAGAAGAAGAAGAAGAAAUCAAUCUUUUUCCCCCGAUUAUUUUUGGUUCUUCUUUUAGCGAAAAAAUUGGAUCUAAGACCCUGUCAAUUGGUUACUUUUCUAUUCGGAUGAUAUUCUGUUAAGAUAUUAUUAUUAUUAUUACUAUUAUUAUUAUUACCAGCAUAAUUGAUCAUUAAUGCUAACUGCAAUUCUUUUUAA